AUGAUGGGUACUGAAGAAUUAAGAUUUUUGCCAAAUUUACAUAAAGAUUUCAUACAUGAUACAGCAUUUAAUUUUUAUGGUACACGAAUGGCUACAUGUUCAAGUGAUGGAUAUGUUCGAAUUUACGAUUUGCAUGAUGAUGAUACAUGGCGACAAUCCGGUACUUUCUCGCUUCCUACACAAACAGGUCCUAUGAUACGAGUAACAUGGGCUCAUCCAGAAUUUGGUGGUAUUCUUGCAACUGUAGCUUUUGAUCGUUUUGUGAAUGUUUGGUACGAAUCUCCAACAGCAGCUAAUGAUCCAUCGGAAUAUGCUACAAAAUGGCAAAAUAAGGAUAGUUUUUAUGAAUCAUUUCUAUUUGGUUCUUCGGAACAACGACCAACAAAUUCCGAUUCAAGUUCACAUUCAUCUACUUAUAAUACAAUAGCGAUACAAUUUGCUCCAAAACAUCUUGGUUUAAUACUUGCUACUGUUUUUUUCGAUGGUCGAAUACGUAUCUAUGAUUUUCAAGGUGCAAGUGUUGUUAAUAAAGAAGAAAUUCAAACAAAAAUGUCGAAUUUAAGUUGUAUUUCAUGGAGUACAGCAAGACAUCAUUUAACUCCAUUAAUUGCUGUUGGAAGUGAUGAUUGUAAUACUAGUACAGGUGCUAAACUUCAACUAUGGGAAUACGCUCCUGAUAGACGAGCAGUUAAAGUUGAUUUAGCUAGUGUGAAUAUGUUAGUACAAAACGCAAUAAAAGAUAUUCAAUUUGCACCGAAUUUUGGUCAAUCUUAUCAUUUACUUGCUGUAGCUUCGAAUGAUAUUGAUUUAUUUACUAUAACUCCAGCAAAAGGAGAAUUGAAUAAUAGUAGUGAGAAUAAAGCACAAAUAUAUGAUGUAAUAAGAAUUAUUACAUUAGAUGAUCAUGGUUCAACGGUAUGGAAAGUUUGUUGGAAUGUAUUUGGUUCAGUUCUUUAUAGUUGUGGGGAUGAUGGAAGAAUUCGAAUGUGGAAAGGUACAAUUAAUGGACCAUGGAAAUGUGAGAGUAAUAUAAGUCUUCAACCAGAAGCUCUGGAAAAAGCAAAAGCUGGUGCAAGUCUAUCAAUUGAACCAGUAUCAACAUAA